AGGAAAUGCAGCCUCAGAGUGAUUCCAUAUUCCAGGCAGUUCAAAGAAUUCUGAACCAUAAGCUGAGCUUAGUCCCAGACCUGGAAUGGCCAGAUAUCAAGGUGAAGUUCAAAGUUUAAAACUGGAUGAUGAUUCAGUUAUAGAAGGAGUAAGUGACCAAGUACUUGUGGCAGUUGUGGUCAGUUUCGCUUUGAUUGCUACCUUGGUAUAUGCACUUUUCAGAAAUGCACAUCAAAACAUUCACCCAGAAAAUCAAGAACUAGUGAGGGUACUUCGGGAACAACUUCAAACAGAACAGGAUGCACCUGCUGCUGCCCGACAGCAGUUCUACACUGACAUGUACUGUCCAAUCUGUCUACAUCAAGCCUCCUUUCCUGUUGAGACAAACUGUGGACAUCUGUUUUGUGGUGCCUGCAUUAUUGCGUAUUGGCGAUAUGGCUCAUGGCUGGGGGCAAUCAGUUGUCCAAUCUGUAGACAAACGGUAACUUUACUGCUACCAGUAUUUGAUGAAAAUGAACAGUCUCAGGAUGCUGUUUCAUUGCAUCAAGAUAUUAAUGACUAUAACCGGAGAUUCUCAGGACAACCCAGAUCUAUUAUGGAAAGAAUUAUGGAUCUACCCACAUUACUGAGGCAUGCAUUCAGGGAAAUGUUUUCAGUCGGGGGCCUUUUCUGGAUGUUCCGUAUCAGAAUAAUACUUUGUUUGAUGGGAGCUUUUUUCUAUCUUAUCUCACCUCUAGAUUUUGUACCGGAAGCCUUGUUUGGAAUUCUAGGAUUUCUAGAUGAUUUCUUUGUCAUCUUUUUGUUGCUUAUCUACAUCUCUAUUAUGUAUCGAGAAGUGAUAACACAGAGAUUAAACAGAUGAAAAAAUGAGUUUACAAAAAAAUGAGCUAAUGUGUAAAGUCAGACAAAAGGACCCAGGGCAAUAUAAAGUAUUUUAAUAUUAUAAGCUUAAAAACCACUGUAUGACAAGCAUUUAUCAUUUGGCAUAUGCCUUGUAGUAUAUGACUGGAAUUUUUAUGUUAUAGGUUCUAACAGUAAUUUACAACUGUAUCUUGAUUCUGGCUGUCAUUAAAUCCUCUGGGAAAAAUGGAAUUAUAUAAAAAGGGACGCUUUUAUAUUUUCUCUUUCCCAAGUUACUGAGUAAUUGGAUGUAUAGUAGUAUCAUAGUAAGAAUGUAUAUUGUUAAAUGUACAUCUAAUUUUUCCUUCAGCAAGUACCUAUAUAUCACUAUGAGGCUCAUCUAAAUACUUUUGUUAAAAUAAACUAUUGUACAAUAUUGAGGAAAAGGUCAGUAUUUCUUUCGGUAAUACCUAAACUUUGUGUAUUUGGAGCUGUUCAGCACUUCCAUUCUAAUACAAUUCUUCAUUAGCUGAAGGUGAAAGAAGAAACUUGAACUUUAUUUUAAUGAUUUCAUAUUCUGGUUUACAGAAAAAUUCUUAAUAGAUGUAUGAUAUUUAUCGCUAGCCAGCAUUCCUGAUAUUCUCAGUUGUGACAUUUAAACAAGUUUUCCUUUUAAAGUAAUAGUAUAGGAAAGUAACUUGUAAAGGGAAUUUUUUCUUUUUCAGGAACCUAGGUAAUACUGCAAAAUUGCAUUUCUGAGGCAAGUGAUUUCAUGGCUGGCUAUACACAUGAAUGAUAUUGGGAGGGUACUAGGAACAUUAAAUUUGACAAGAGAAAUUACUGACAAACCACAGCCACCAACAGACAAACAUGUUUUCUCUAGUCAGAUACUGUGAGGAUGCCCCAGGUGGCAGUGUAGAGCCCCAGAUUAUCAUGUGCAAAUGAUCGAAAGUUAUCCCAGGUGACUCAAUAGGAAAGUUAUCUUGAUUUAUUGAUGGAUUCCAAUAAAAGGAUCAAAACUAUAAGUAUUAUGAAAUGCUAACUCUCUCAGCUGGUGCUUCUUGUUAGGGAACAGUAAGGUGGUCAUUGAUACCCAGGGUCAGUGUUAGCUCAGUCACUGAUAUUCAUGCUGUCCAUUCAUGUAUUAAUAAAACUCACUAUAUAAAUAUAGGGAAGAAAAGAUGCUCACAUUCUUUCAAGUUCAAUUAGUCAUCAACUAAUAAGAUGAGUGAAAUAACAGUAGCAGUGUUUUUUAAUGUGGGCCUAGA